AUGAAAUUUGGAGGUGAAACCUGUACGAAAGAGCUACAAGCGCUUUUCGAUUGUUUGAAGAAAUGGGAACACGAUAACCUACCUUGCGCAGACUUCAAUCGAGAUUAUAUGAAUUGCGUGGACAGGACCUAUAAAGCAAAUAAGGAGCUUGCUGCCGCUGCAAAGAAGGGUAUGCUUGACGGUACAGUCAGUGGGGAAACAGUAUUGACCAAACAUCAGAUGAAUAACUUGAUGGCGAAGUAUCCACAGCCUCAGCUGGGUCGAUACCCAUACAAAGCACUUAAGCGAUUGCCGAAUCAGUCAUAUGCAGAUGACAUCUUCCAUCGGAAGAAAAAAUAUGGAAAAGCCAAUUGA